GGGGGAGGCAGAUAGAAACUGGGGGCGCCCGUCGACACAACGGGGAGUGCUUUUUUUGGUGAUCGAGGGGUCCUUGUGCGGCUGCGGGCAUCUCUCCUCGUCCCCGCGCUGGGUUCAACGUGCCUGGCCCGGCGUUGGCUGCCGUCACCAUCUGGAUAUUAUUUAUAACCGACAAGAAAAUUGGAUGGGACGCACACACGGGCAAGACAAUCCCGGAAAUAACAUGCGUACUCUCAGCCUGUCACGUACGCUCGCAGAGGAUUUGCAUUGCUGUAGGCUGCACUAGACACCCAACACUGCCCCAAAAUGUUUAUAAGGCGGGCACAAACAAACAUUCAGUUUUACGGUAUUUAAGUGCGAGCAAUGGGCCGAAUAAAAAGCAGCAACAGCGGCAGCAGAAGAGGGAGAGGACUUGGACAUGCAACUUGCAGUGACUGUGCUCUUCGUCAGAGAAAGCCGCGGCUCAGCUAGAAAAUGAAGCGAGGACGUGUGGUACGUGCGCAUCCAGCAGAUGACGAGAUGAAAUGGAGAGUUUGGGACAGACGGACCUUAUAAAACCAAGCUCCUCCCGCGGAUCCAUUGCUGUUGCAGGCUCGCAAGAGAGAAGAGCGAGCGGCCAGCAGCUAGUCUGUGGACCGGCAGAGAUUCACCACACGUACCGAGCGGACAUGGGGCUCAACGGCUUCUGUGCGGCGCCGGUCGGGAGUCCGACGGCCGCGGAGUUACUGGCGGGUCUGGCCUCUCAAACCGACUCCCCCGGAAUCACUACCCCGACGAAUAUGGCCAAGACCGGCGUGCCCCUCUACAAUGGCGGGGUGGUGUCUCCCUCCGCCACUGUGGAGGGGAACCACGCAGGCGUUUUGGCGCACACACCCAACGGAUACCCUGCACAAGUAAAGGGGGCGGCGGGGCAAACUGCAGGCCAUAUGUACCCCCUCACCAGCAGAGCCUGUCUGGUGGAGAACGGAGACCGGACUGCUCAUGAGAAGUGUCCUUUAUUGAUGAGGAGGAACGGUGACCUGAAAGCCAGGCAGGCGCAGCAGCAGAAGAGAAGGGGUGGAGAGAACUGGGAUGUGGGGUCAGAAACUCUUAACGGCUCCGUUACAGGGUCACCUGGGUUGGGAGGCUCUGUGGAGCCGAUUCUUGUGCCAGGAGACUCGGACUUUAAGAGGAGGAGGUUGAUGGAUGGAAGUGUUGCUAACCCGUCCUCAGAGGCCUCCAGGGUGGCCCGAGCAGUCGCCCCUGUCACUUUAAACUGCAGCAACAAUUCCCUCAGCAACCAAACAAAUCCUCUCAGCCCUCUGGUCCCUUAUAUUAACCAGCACAACGGACAUAAGGUGGCACCCUCAGGUGCACGCACCCAGACCUCCUCCUGCGGGGUUAACGCCAUCACAACCCUACCGCCUCCUGCAGGGACUGGCUGGUCAGCCGAACGCAUAGCCCAGCAGCUCAUCAUCCCCUGCAUGAGGUACUAUGGCAUUUGUGUGAAGGACAGCUUCCUGGGCCCCCAGCUCGGCGACAGGGUCCUGGAGCAGGUCGAGGUGCUGAACCGCAGUGGGAAAUUUCGGGACGGGCAGCUGGUGAGCCAGAAGAGCAUCCCCUCCCGGAGCAUCAGGGGCGACCAGAUCGCCUGGGUGGACGGACUGGAGCCCGGGUGCGAGAGCAUCGGGGCGCUGAUGGCUCAUAUCGACGAGGCUGUCAUGUACAGCGCCGCCAAUGGACAGCUGGGGAACUGUGUCAUCAAUGGACGCACUAAGGCCAUGGUUGCCUGUUACCCAGGUAACGGUGCGGGCUACGUCCGUCAUGUCGACAACCCCAACGGCGACGGACGCUGCAUCACGUGCAUCUACUAUCUCAACAAGGACUGGGACGUCAAGGAACAAGGAGGGUUGCUGCAGAUCUACCCCGAAGGCAAAAACGUGGUAGCUAACAUCGAGCCUCUGUUUGACCGGCUGCUCAUCUUCUGGUCUGACCGCAGGAACCCACAUGAAGUCAAGCCGGCCUACGCUACUCGCUAUGCCAUCACAGUCUGGUACUUUGAUGCCAAAGAGAGAGCGGAGGCUAAAGAGAAAUACAGACUGGCAACGGGACAGAAAGGCGUUCAAGUGCCUGUCACUCAAAACAGCAGGACAUAAGCGUCGCCUAAUGACCGUCGAGCACUCUCAGAGUAUUAUGUGCCUUCCUCAGCCGCUAAUGGACGUUAUGAUCACAAAGGGAGACACCGUCAAACUGUCAGUCAUGGCCGCGGCUCCGCGGUGCUCUCGCCGAGUGUCAGUUGUCAGGACUCGCGUCAUGGGCUCUGAUGUAAUACUUUCCUGCCACAUGAUCGGGCCGCCGAUCGACGCCGUGGCACAAAUAUAGAGCACAGCGGACGGGGAUUGUGUGGCGGGAGGCGAGAUCCGAGGAUGGAAAAAAAAUAACUCCAGCGUCUCACUGAACCUCCUGUGCAGACGGCUAACCGAUAAAGACUCCUUAAUGUUAUUUUGUUGCAGUUUUGCCCGUUCAGUUAUCAGUGACGUCGUGAUCUUUUGAGACAUCAGUGUUUUACUCCGCUCUGCUGGUGUCACUUUCAAAUUCCGACACCAAGGAGCAUGUUUGAUGAAUCAGUGCACAGAUGGUGAGGGGUGGGGGGAAAAAGGGGGCAGAAGCAUUAAGUGUAAAUCAGUGCCCUGGUAUUCCCUAUUUCCCCUCGUCUGGGAUGUCGCCCCUUGUCUCAUGAUGUCAGCGUGUGUGUACGUGUUGUCAGUGUUGUCAGGCAGAAAAGAAAUCGGCCUUGACGAGUCACAAAGUGACCGGUUUGGUGGAAAGUUGCCCCGUGGCCCUCGUUCAGUCAGCCCUGGCACAAGCACUAACCCUAAACAUUACAGCGGUCUGCCCACAGGUUAUAACCAGUGCACGAGGCUGACUCUACACUGUAGUUUUACUCUGUAUAGCACACUAAAGUAGAGUUCACAGAGAAUUUCAGGCUCAGAAUAAAGUUAUAAUCAUUCGCCUCAAAAUGUUAGAGCAACAAAGACACUGAGACUCCAGCAUGAACAUUUCCUUUUUUUUGUUGUAGUAGAAGUAGUAGUAGUAGUAGCAGCAGCAGUGCUUGUAACCGAUUCUCAAGACUGAACUUAAGAGUACACAAGGCUUCUCUGCGUUCUUGAUGAUGUGCAGCGCUCUUUCUAUGACUGAAAUGCGCCUGAGACAAGAGGCGAACUAACUGUUGAGGCACAACGGGUCAAAACAGGGUUUGAAGAGUGCGUUUUGUGUGUUGUGCGUGUGCGUGUGCUCAUACAGCUCGACUCUUGCGCCUCCUUUAACGAGCCGGGCUCAGCGUUGUCGAGGCUGUUGAACAAAUUAGCCUAAAAGAGACCUACACAAAUAUGGAUAACAACAGCUAAUUACAAAAAUAAAAAAAUAAUAAAACGUUAUACUAAACAGUACUUAGUAAGACCAUUUAAAGUAUAAAGCACAGAGUUGAGCAUACACUGUAUGUGAACUGCAGGAUGAAAACGUGCCUGCUCGUGUGUGGGAUUGAGUAUUUGUGUGUAAACGUGUCCUUGCACAUGUAUGUGACGAAUUCAACUGUCUUGAUGAGUGUCGCAGGUAUUUUGUCAGUGUCUGUGGGACUGGUCAAAGAGAAGGUUAUUUUUUUUUUCUUAAAAAAAAAGCACUUUAUUGUUUAAAAUGCCAUGCGUGAAUGAAAAAAAAAUAUAUAACAAAAAAUGUAGUUUAAUGCCUUUAUGCUGUGGAUAACAUGAUCAUUCAAAUGCAAUAGAAACUAUAACAAUGAGAACAAAUGGAAAUUGUUUGCCUAUUUCUUUUUUUUUUGUAUUUAAUUAAAACCUGUCUGCUUUUGUA